CUUCGGCCAUUCUCCGUGGCCCAGCGUUUGGCAUACCGUCGGAGGCUGUCCUACAAUGCAGCCUUUAACAAAACUAGGCUGUCCCGAACCCCUGGCAGUAGAAUUGUUUGCCUUGAUAAGAAGGUUAGGAAAGCACCAACAUCUCCAUGUGGCGUGUGCCCAGGCCGACUUCGCGGAGUUCGUGCUGUGAGACCUGAGGUUCUAAUGAGCUCGUCUAAAACAACGAAGCGUGUCAGCAGGGCCUCUGGUGGGUCCGUGUGUGCCAGGUGUGUCUGUGACAGGAUCACGCGUGCUUCCCUUACUGGGGAGCAGAAAAUCGCUGUGAAAGUAUUGAAGGCACAAGCACAGAGCCAGAAAGCUAAAUAAAUUUAAAAAUGAAGCUUUCUUUGAGUAAUAAAAGCAAUUAAAGGGCUAAAAGAAACAUCAGUGAUGAUAGAGAGUCAUGGAUCGGCCUCCAGGCCCCCUACUGGGGAUCGCGCCCGCAACCCAGGCCUGUGCCCUGACUGGGAAUUGAACCGUGACCUCCUGGUUCAUAGGUCAACUCUCAACCGCUGAGCCACGCCAGCUGAGCGGGCCAGGUGAUUUUUUUGUUGUUGUGAGGCGCCCUCCUGUAGGUUGUAGAGAUUUAGAAGCAUCCCUGGCCUCUACCCACUAGAUGCCAGUCGCAGCCAACCCCUCCGUUGUGACAACCAGAAAUGUCUCCAGGCAUUGCCAGAUGCCCCUUGGGUGGCAGAAUUGUCCCCCAGUUUUCAUCACCGCUCUAGACUGUCGACACUCUGCCAAGAGUUUGACUGUAAGUGGGGCAGAAUGGUUGGGAGUUGGGCAGCCUCAUUCAAGAAUCAGCAUGACUGUGACUGUCUUAGUUUGUCUUUUUCUUAGCAAAAUCAUGAUCAGAAAUGCUCCUUUAGCUACUGUGUUUUGUUGGUUAAAAUUUUUUUUUAUGAGUGUAUUUGAGCAAAACUGACAAUUGCCAGGAAGCAGAAUCUCAACUGGUUGAGAAAAUGCUCUAGAAAAUGGCAGUUUUACCACUUAUGUUGUACAUCAGAGUCUAAGGGCAAGCCGAAAGGGGGUUACAUUGAAACCCAUUGGUGAUAGA